GCCCCGGCGCCCCCCGAGCGAGGGCGGCCCGCCCCGCGCGUCGCCGUUUGACAGAUGCUCGUCGCUAUGGAGUUGCCGCAGCAGCACCUUUGGGGGCUCGGACGAACGACCGGAGGCGGAAUCUGAGCGAGCGCCCGGGCCAGCGGAGCCGGAGCCGCCGGGACAUGGAUCUGAUCCGUUCUGAGGACUUCGCCACAUCUCCGUUCUUGGAACGCUGAACUCAACAGCUGGACGACUUGGUUCUUGGAAUUUUGGGUUUCUUCUCUUUUGAUCCUUUCUGCUCCCCUUCAUCCCUUUCGUGUCCUGAGAACUCCUGAAGACUGUAGGAUUAUCAUGGAGCCCAGGGAAAUGUUAAGCAGCUGCCGGCAAAGAGGGAGUGAGUCGGAAUUCCUUCAGGGCUCCUCAUCCAGGUCCCCACCCGCUCCUGGCUGUUCAGGAGAGCCCUUGAAAGGCAUCUCUGUGGGUGGAGAACGCAUGGAGCCAGAGGAGGAGGAUGAAAUGGGCUCAGGACAAGAUGUGGAUUGCAAUUCUAAUGCAGACAGUGAGAAAUGGGUGGCCGGAGACGGUUUGGAGGAGCAGGAGUUCUCCAUCAAGGAGGCCAACUUCACUGAGGGGAGCUUAAAGCUGAAGAUUCAGACCACAAAGCGGGCUAAGAAACCCCCCAAAAACCUGGAGAACUAUAUUUGCCCACCUGAGAUCAAGAUCACCAUAAAGCAGUCUGGGGACCAGAAGGUGUCCCGUACUGGGAAAAAUAGCAAAGCGACAAAGGAAGAAGAAAGAAACCACUCCAAAAAGAAGCUCCUCUCAGCCAGUGACCCUGCAGCCAGUGACCUCAAAGCACUUCAGACACAGGCUUACGAGAGGCCCCAGAAACACUCAACACUUCAGUAUGACCCAGGUCACUCCCAGGGCUUCACCAGUGACACCUUAAAACCAAAGCACCAGCAAAAAAGCAGCAGCCAGAGCCACAUGGACUGGUCCUCCAACUCUGACAGUGGACCAGCUACUCAGAAUUGCUUCAUCAGUCCAGAGUCUGGCAGAGACACUGCAAGCACCAGCAAGAUCCCAGCUCUUGAACCCGUGGGUUCCUUUGCGAAGGCCCAGAGUAAAAAAGGCAACACAGGGGGGACCUGGAGUCAGUUGUCCAGCAGUAGCAAAGACCUGCUCUUGGGAAGUGUGGUACCCUCCCCCGGCAGCCACAACUCCCCAGCGACCCCUAGCAACUCAGCUGAGUGCAAUGGACUCCAGCCAUUGGGAGAUCAAGAUGGAGGAAGUACAAAGGAACUCCCAGAACCACCCACUCUCAGUUGCAAGAAGAAGUCCAGUAAAAAAGAUAUGAUAAGCCAAACCCUACCAAACUCGGAUCUGGAUUGGGUCAAGAGUGCCCAGAAAGCAUUUGAAACCACAGAAGGGAAAAGGGAAACCUACUCUGCAGACAGUGCUCACGAGGCAUCGCCAACCCGGCAGAGCAUCAGUUCCGUCAGUAAUCCAGAAAAUGAUUCCAGUCAUGUCCGGAUUACUAUCCCCAUAAAGACACCUUCUCUGGAUCCAAGCAACCAUAAGAAGAAAAGGAGGCAGACUAUUAAAGCUGUGGUGGAAAAAAUCAUCCCGGAGAAAGCACUGGCUUCGGGGAUUACUAUGAGCAGUGAAGUUGUUAAUAGAAUACUUUCCAACUCAGAGGGAAGUAAGAAAGACCCUCGAGUCCCAAAGUUGGGUAAGAUGAUAGAGAACGAAUCCCCCUCAGUUGGCCUUGAAACAGGUGGGAACGCUGAGAAAAUUGUCCCUGGAGGUGCGUCCAAGCAGAGGAAACCGCCCAUGGUCAUGACGUCACCCACACGCACAGAGCACGCUCCAUCAGGAAAGCUGCCUGAGAUCCAGCACCCCAAGUUUGCUGCAAAAAGGAGGUGUAGCAAGGCAAAACCUCCGGCUACGCUUCGAGAGGCAGUCUUAGCUACCGCUGAAAAACUGAUGGUGGAGCCACCGUCUGCUUACCCCAUUACCCCAUCCAGUCCUCUAUACACCAACACGGACAGUCUUACUGUGAUCACACCGGUGAAAAAGAAGCGGGGACGACCAAAGAAGCAACCUUUGCUCACUGUGGAGACGAUUCACGAAGGCACUUCCACUAGCCCCGUCAGUCCAAUCAGCAGAGAGUUUCCUGGCACCAAGAAAAGAAAGAGGCGGCGCAGUCUGGCUAAAUUGGCCCAGUUAGUGCCCGGAGAGGACAAACCCAUGAGCGAGAUGAAGUUUCACAAAAAGGUUGGCAAGCUUGGCGUGUUGGAUAAGAAGACCAUCAAAACGAUCAACAAGAUGAAGACACUCAAGAGAAAAAAUAUCUUAAAUCAGAUCUUGUCCUGUUCUAGCAGUGUGGCCCUAAAGGCCAAAGCUCCCCCAGAGACCAGUCCUGGGGCAGCAUCUAUUGAAAGUAAAUUGGGAAAGCAGAUUAAUGUCAGCAAGAGAGGAACCAUCUACAUAGGCAAGAAGAGGGGCAGGAAGCCAAGGACAGAACUGCCACCCCCAUCCGAGGAACCCAAAAUAGCCAUCAAGCACUCCAGGCCUGUGUCUAGCCAGCCGGACGUUCCAGCCGUGCCUUCCAGCUUCCAGUCACCUGUGGCUUCUUCACCAGCAGCUAUGCACCCACUCUCAACACAGUUAGGUGGGUCCAAUGGCAACCUGAGCCCCGCCAGCACUGAAACCAAUUUUUCAGAAUUGAAAACUAUGCCGAACCUCCAGCCCAUCAGUGCUCUUCCAACCAAAACCCAGAAGGGAAUCCACAGUGGGACCUGGAAGCUGUCCCCACCCCGGCUGAUGGCCAACUCCCCAUCACACCUUUGCGAGAUUGGCUCACUAAAGGAGAUAACAUUGUCCCCUGUGAGUGAGUCCCACAGUGAGGAGACCAUCCCGAGCGACAGUGGCAUCGGGACAGACAACAACAGCACCUCCGACCAAGCAGAGAAGAGUUCAGAAUCCCGGCGGAGGUACUCUUUCGACUUCUGUUCCCUUGACAACCCAGAGGCCAUUCCAUCGGACACCAGCACAAAGAACCGGCACGGCCACCGGCAGAAGCAUCUCAUUGUGGACACUUUUCUGGCCCACGAAAGCCUCAAGAAGCCAAAGCACAAGAGGAAACGGAAGAGCCUGCAAAACCGCGACGAUCUCCAGUUUCUGGCUGAGCUGGAAGAGCUCAUCACCAAGUUUCAAGUGUUUAGGAUCUCCCACCGGGGCUACACUUUUUACCAUGAGAAUCCAUAUCCUAGCAUCUUUAGGAUUAACUUUGAUCACUAUUACCCGGUGCCAUAUAUCCAGUACGACCCAUUGCUCUAUCUUCGUAGGACUUCAGACUUGAAGUCAAAGAAGAAGCGUGGUAGGCCUGCAAAAACCAAUGACACCAUGACAAAGGUGCCUUUUUUACAGGGGUUCAGCUACCCUAUCCCCAGUGGAAGUUACUAUGCACCCUAUGGAAUGCCUUACACAUCAAUGCCUAUGAUGAACCUUGGUUACUAUGGUCAAUAUCCAGCUCCUCUGUACCUAUCACACACACUUGGAGCAGCGUCCCCUUUCAUGAGGCCGACAGUGCCACCACCCCAGUUCCACGCAAGUUCUCAUGUAAAGAUGUCCGGGGCAACGAAACAUAAAGCCAAGCAUGGAGUCCACUUGCAGGGAACCGUCGGCAUGGGCCUUGGUGACAUACAGCCAUCCCUGAACCCUCCCAAGGUGGGCGGGGCCACUCUGUCCAGCAGUAGGCUCCACAAGAGGAAACACAAACAUAAGCGGAAGCACAAGGAAGACCGAAUCCUAGGAACCCAUGACAACCUGAGUGGUCUCUUUGCAGGCAAAGCCACAGGCUUCUCCAGCCACCUCCUGAGUGAACGGCUCAGUGGUUCCGACAAAGAGCUCCCGCUGGUGAGCGAGAAGAGCAAACACAAGGAGAGACAGAAGCACCAGCAUGGGGAGGCCAGCCACAAGGUUUCCAAGAACAACUUUGAGGUGGACACCCUGUCUACGCUGUCACUUUCUGACGCCCAGCACUGGACACAGGCUAAGGACAAAGGUGACUUGAGUGGUGAGCCUGUGGAGUCCUGUGCUAAAAGGUACUCUGGCAGCGGUGGAGACAGCACAAGAUCGGAGGGUCUGGAUGUGUUCAGUGAAAUGAAUCCUUCCAGCGACAAGUGGGAUGGUGACAUGGGUGGGAGUAAGAGGAGGAGCUUUGAAGGCUUUGGGACGUACAGGGAGAAGGACAUCCAAGCCUUCAAGAUGAAUCGCAAGGAGAGAGGUUCUUAUGAGUCCUCCAUGUCUCCAGGGAUGCCGAGUCCCCACUUAAAAGUGGACCAGACAGCAGCACACAGUAAGAGCGAGGGCUCAGUAUCUGCCAUGAUGGCCAGGAAGAAGCCGACUGCAGUGGACAGUGUUGCAAUUCCCUCAGCACCCAUGUUAUCUCUCCUUGCUGCAUCUGCAGCAACAUCGGAUGCAGCCAGCUCCUCCCUGAAGAAGAGAUUCAAGAGACGAGAGAUCGAAGCCAUCCAAUGCGAAGUGCGGAAGAUGUGCCAUUAUACCAAGCUUCUGUCCACCAAGAAGAACCUGGACCACGUGAACAAGAUCCUGAAGGCCAAGCGGCUGCAGAGACAAUCAAAGACGGGCAACAACUUUGUCAAGAAGAGGCGAGGCCGGCCUCGGAAGCAGCCCUCACAGUUCGAUGAGGACUCCAGAGACCAAAUGCCAGUGCUGGAAAAGUGCAUUGACCUACCCAGCAAGAGAGGCCAGAAGCCUAGCCUGAGUCCCCUCGCGCUGGAACCGGCCUCGGGCCAGGAUGCAGUGAUGGCCACCAUCGAGGCUGUCAUCCACAUGGCUCGGGAGGCGCCGCCGCUGCCCCCGCCGCCGCCCCCACCACUGCCCCCGCCCCCGCCUCCACCACCCCCACCCCCGCCGCUGCCCAAGACCGCUCGGGGCGGGAAGAGGAAACACAGACCGCAGCCCCCAGCACAGCCCGUGCAGCCCACGCCGCAGCCCCUUCCCCAGGAAGAGGAGGUGAAGGCCAAAAGGCCACGGAAGUCCCGAGCCAGCGAGAGCGAUGUCCUUCCCUAGGGCGAGCCUGGGUGGCGGGAUCCGGGCAGGGACUGACGUGGGGGGAGCACAACAGGCAGGGUGGGGCUGAUGCCCAGCCACAGGGACACCCCGCCCCUCUCUGCAGCGGGUGGGCAGGAUGGGCAGAGGGCAGGGUGGAGCUAUAGGGAGCUGGGGUAGUGGAACAAGGGAACCCCCUCCAAAAAAAGAAAAAGUAGCUGCCACUGCUGUUUAUUCAGUGGCAGGAUCCUUGCGGGCUGCAGAAGACCGAGGAACGCAAAGCUGGUGCUCAAAGAUGGCCACCUGACCUUCCUCAUCCCAGGUGUGCCCUUGAUUCCGAUUUCAUUUGCUGGUCAGAAAAAAGAUAAAUAAUAAAUAAAUAAAUAAAUGAGAAACACCAUUAGCAAACAUUCCAAGGGGAAGCAAAGCUGCAAAUUUACCAGCUGGCUUGUUUGUAAGCCACUUCCGCAUAAUUGGUUAUUAUUUCUUUGGGUUUGCAAACUCCGCUAGGCUUUGGGGCACCAACAUCAUCUUCAAGUGACCCGAGAGAUGAAUCUUUCCGUUAACAGCACAGUUGCUCAGAUGGAAUCUUGUGAUCAGAAGGUGGAAUUGGACUGAUAGGCGACCUUAGAUCUGCUCGUGUUCCUGUCUCGUACACUGAUUUUGCAUUGUCCCUUUCCUGCUUUUCCUUUGUGUUGUGUUUUCAUGUACUCCCGUUAACUUGCUGCCUUCAACUUUGUGAUACACAUCUAAACAAGGUGAACUUUACUCACGUUGUAAAGUCCACUCUUCAAAUCCUGCCUCAAGGAACCGGCUUUGAAUCCCAAUCGUUGUGAAACAUAACUCAGUACAGUGUAGAAGCUUUUUAAUAAGUGACUCAGAGCAGCCGAUGGAUAUGUCGACCCAAGUGUCAGCCAGGUUAUUUUUAUACUUAAAACAUAUCAGUGGCGAAUAGGCAGGAAAAAAAAAAUGCUCUUAAUACCCCCCAGCAAGUGGAAUAACUGAUAAGCCACCAAAAAUGAAAAUCCCACACCCACCAGAAAGAAAACUGUCUAGCAAUGCCUUGGUACCUGAUUAUUUUCAUGCAAAGAGCUGUCAGAGGUUGUUAAGAAAAAGAAACAAAGACAGUAGACGUCCAUUAUCUCUUAAUAAUUAUUCCUUAAAAUUGAAGGGGAGUAAGUGUUCUUAUCUAAAAU